CCAGCAGUCAUGUCGCGCGCGUCGCACGCUGCACUCGUGUUUGUUGUAACUCUACUCGCCUCGCUCGUCGAGUGCAUGCAGGAAGGCUGCACGGACUGGGAGGGCAAGCCGGUGGCUCAUGGAUUGUUAUACGUGCCCGGCCCAGGCGCCUGCUCACUUUGCGUCUGUUACCACGCCGAGCCCAUGUGGUGUAAAGCCAUCUACUGCGACCCACCUUACUUCUGUAAAAACUUCCGCGUUGGCGAGCGCUGUUGUGAGUUCGAAUGUCUGGAUCCCCCGGGCGAAGACACACGCUAUCGGGAACGGCAGCGGCUGCGCGCACUCAUCCUGGCAGGCAACUCCUCGGCCGUCCAGCUCAGACCCUCGCUUAGGAUCCGAGCUGGUAUCUCCCUGCUGGCAGUCGCCGUCGCCAGAUUAGUUUGAGAAAAGGAUCUUUGAAAGUAUGAAAAUGUAACGACAAUAAAUGUCAUAUAUGUGAAUGUGCAAAUCACCGUUGAAAUUAACUAUUUGAAUUUAUCAGACUAUUUUCGAUUUUGAGGUUAAGUUUUUGUUUAAAAAGAAAACUAAAAAUUAAUACAUACAUUUCUUCAGUUUUUAAAUCGGAAAUAUAAAAGUUGAAAGAAAUUUAAAUGUUCUGUGUAGCUAAAUAAAAAUGGCCGACCAAAAGCGGACGGAUAUUGUGACCAUAGACGAAUUUAUCUACAAUACCGUUAGACUAGUCGAUGUGGUUCGUUAAAUGGUCUUCAAUGUAAAUAGUAUAUAAUUUCCCUCGUACAUUCAAUAAAUUCCAAUUGCCAAAUUUCCUCUAAUACCACUUUACCUCUUGCUAAGUCAAAUCUAUUUAAUAAAACACUUAUUCAGAAUUAUUGUAUAUGCAAAUAUUUCUCCAGACAAAAUAGCUUUUACCUUUUGCAUGCAUUCGUAAUUUUACGUAAAACAUUCUUAAUUAAAUAAAAAAAAACACUUAAUUCCUAAUCACUUAAUUCAACAGUUUGAUGAAAAUUCUAUUUUUACUGAAAAUCGAUACAAUAAAUCACUGUCCAAAUAUUACUAAUAAAUAAUUAUAAAACGUAAAUUUAAAUAGUAUUUAAAAUAAGUUUAUUCUAAUAUUUGCUGAAAAACUACCGUUUAUUUCUAUUUAUUUCGACUUGCAACACUGUAUUUGCCGCCAUUUUGUGACAUUAUUUAAAUGAUUUAAUUCCCCGCGUUAGGUCCCGCGUUAUGAAUUCUUCACAGAUAAUAAAUAAGAUAUUAUUAAUAAAAUUUUGGACCAAUUUUAUGUAACCCAGUAGCCAAUAUGAUUAUUUCCGGAUGAAUUCAAUAUGACAAGAAAAUUUAUUUAAUUAUUUAUUUAUUACAAAUGUUAUUUAUCGUAAGAAUAUAAAUAUUUUCAAUUUAA